UACCAUCGCCGCCAUCUUGAGUUAGUCGUUCUUCUUCAGGGGAUAGUAGUGUCGAAAUCUGUUUCAUCUUGAGUGCAUCGUCUUUGUAAAAUAAUUUUCGGGUUCUUUGUCAAGUCUUAAGUUACUCAUCUGCCCUAGGCUUGACUUAUUUUGUAAUUUUAUCAAGAAGGAACAAGUUAAAACGACAUGGCUUGUGCUACUCUUAAGAGGUCUUAUGAGUUCGACCCUCUCCUUACGCCUCAACAUCAACCUUCACCGAAAAGGAGAAGAUGCAUUCCGCUAAAACCAUCAACCCCUCCUCCGUCAGUUUCAACAGAAUCCCAUUUCCGUGGUGCAGCUCCAAGAUUAUCACAAGAUCAAGUUUCGGCCAACAUUCAUCAGGAAUGGAGAAGACUCCAGAGGCGAAAGCAUUUUAGAGUACCAUAUCCAAGUUCUCCUGAAAUGAGUACUUUCUCUUCGUAUUCACCUGGAUCUUCUCCCCCAAGGAAAGAACAACCUCUUUUCACUCUAAAGCAAGUAACAUUCAUCUGUGAAAGAAUGCUAAAAGAAAGAGAAGCUCAAGUUACAGAGGAAUAUGAUAAAGUUUUAAGAGAAAAACUGGCAGAACAAUAUGAUGCAUUUGUCAAGUUCAAUUAUGAUCAGGUGCAAAGAAGAUUUGAAGAGACAGCACCAACAUAUGUUUCAUAGAAAAUUGUUCCUGAGCUGGCUCAGCAGUAUAAUCAUCCACUUCCAUCUAGUUGCUAUUUCAAAGCAAGAGCAAGAUUUUAAGGAAAUACUGUAUGGACAAUCAUAAACAGUAGUUAAUGACAAUUACAAGGACUAUUUUUUUAGUGAUCACCACAAGCAACUGAUUUUCUCUGACCAUGCCUCUUCUUGCCAUUGUAUUACUAGUAACGAAAAACAUUUGUUCAUGUUUUCAUUUUAUCAGAGAUUGUAUCUUAAUCCUUUCCUAUAUGACCCAAUUACUUGCAUUAAAGGAAUUAGGGAACCUACUCUGCUUUAACUUUUGUUAUUCCAUUCCUUGUGAUUCCUAGCUUUUUUGGUGUUCACUGUUAUCAAGUGUAAAUAUGUUUGUAAAUAAGAUCGACUGAUUAAUGCAAGUUGUAAAUCUGUUUUUGUUUGUCAAUCUAGGAUCUUUGUGUCAUUAUCUUAGUCUGAAUGUCUGUUGACAUUAAAUUAGAUCUAGUUGUUAGGAAGCAACAGGGAAUAAAAUUUGUUCUGCAUGUA